AUGAGAGUUGAGAAGAAGGGUCAUGGACAGUGUAAUUGUGGAAGAUGUGACUGCAAAGUAGGUUGGUAUGGGAAGAAGUGUGAACACCCACGUUCCUGCCCACUGUCGGCAGAGGAGAGCAUCAGAAAGUGCCAAGGAAGCUCGGAUCUACCUUGCUCUGGAAGGGGUAAAUGCGAAUGUGGCAAGUGUACCUGCUACCCUCCGGGGGACCCCAGGGUGUACGGCAAGACGUGUGAAUGCGACGGCCGCCGCUGCGAAGGCCUGGACGGCACGGUCUGCGGGGGCCACGGCACGUGUUCCUGCGGUCGCUGCGUGUGUGAGAGAGGAUGGUUCGGGGCGCUCUGCCAGCACCCGCGGAAGUGUAACAUGACGGAGGAACAAAGCAAGAGUCUGUGUGAAUCAGCAGAUGGCAUAUUGUGCUCGGGGAAGGGUUCUUGCCACUGUGGGAAGUGCAUCUGCUCUGCUGAAGAGUGGUACGUUUCUGGAGAGCUCUGUGACUGUGACGACAGGGACUGUGACAAGCACGACGGCCUCAUUUGCACAGGGAAUGGAAUAUGUAGCUGUGGAAAUUGUGAAUGCUGGCGUGGAUGGAAUGGAAACGCGUGUGAGAUCUGGCUCGGCACAGACUACCCUUAACUACCACGUGGGACAAGACUGCAUUCUUAUGUUUCUAGGCCAUUAGGACACACAAAUGCAAAGGAAACCAUGUAUAAUCACCACUAGGACAGGGCAAACAGACUAUUGCAUAUUUUUCUAUUUCUGAAUGCCUGAGUGAAGGCUGGGCACCCAUUAAAAAAUGAGUUAGGAAAAAUCUGAAGUAAAGAAGGCCAGAAAGAAUUUCUUCUCCAGAAUUUGUAUUUGUGGUGGUUCUCAACAAGGGUGACUUUGCCACACCAGAAAAUGUUUGGUGAUGUCUGCAGAUAAUUUCAAUUGUCACUGGGUGGGCUGGGGAGGGUGUGCUAGUUCAUGGAGGCCUCUAGUGCAUGGAGGACAUAGAUGCUUCCAUAAACAUCCCACGGGGCACCAGACAGCCACCACGACAAAAAUGUCUCUGACUCCACAUGUCAAUAGUGCUAGAGUUGAGAAAUGCUAAAUUACAUGGUUGUUAGACACGCAUGUCUUUCAUGAAAAAAGACCACAUUUGAAUCUAAGGAAAAGAUAUAUCCUCACAUAAAUCCAUCCGUCAUAUUUUCUCAGAUUCCCUAUCACUCAGCAUUUCCAUCUGGGAUCAAUAAAGACAAACGGGCAUAAGGAAUAAUGUCUGGCCCCCCAGUGCGUUUUAAAGAAAAAGACUUGUCAGGUUUAGUCAGUAAGUCAUUUGUGUGGUCUCACUUUAAGUUCACAAAAGAAGAUUCCCUUAGGGAAGGAAGUAUGA